AUGGCGGCGGCCACCGGCUGCCCGCCGCCCCCGCCGCGUGGCACCGAGGUGAGCGUGGCCGAGGGCGGCGGCGGGCGCGUGGCCGUGCGGCUGCAGGCGGCGGGGCGCGGGCGGCGGGCGCGGGGGAAGCCGCGGGGGGCGGCGCUGGGCCCGGGGCUGGGGCUGGGCCUGGGGGCCGGCCGGGCGCCGCAGCUCUUCGAGCGCGCCUCGUCUCGCUGGUGGGACCCGCGCUUCGACUCGAGCAACCUGGAGCAGGCCUGCCGCCAGCGCCGCUUCCCGCAGACGCGCCGCCGGCUCCGCUACGCGCUGGGCUACCUGGGCGCGGCGGCGCUGCUGUGGGGCGCCUACCUGGGCUGGGGCCGCGGCGGGGGGCGAGGAGGGGGCGGCGGCGGCGGGGCGGCGGCGGCGGCGGGGGCGGCGCUGGCCUUCCUGGGCGCCUGCCUGGCCGCGCUGCUCUUCACCUUCACGCGGGCCUACGGGCGCCACCCGGCCGGCUCCUCGCUGGCGCUGGCGCUGCUGGUGCUGGCGCUCCCGCUGGCCUCGCAGCUGCUGCCGGCGGCGGCGGCGGCCCCGGGGCUGGCGGGCAACGUGAGCGCGCGCGCGGCGCCCCCCCCGCCCUGCCUGUCGCCGGUGGGCAGCUUCUCGCUGUGCGUGGCGGCGCUGCUGCUGCUCUACGCCGUGCCGCACCUGCCGCUCUACCUGAGCCUCCUGCUGGGGCUGGGCGGCUCGGCGCUCUUCGAGGCGCUGGGCUACGGCUUCCGCGACGAGCGCUGCUUCGCGCUGCCGCCGGGCGAGCGGCUGGCCCCCUGGGAGCUGCUGGGCAAGGCCCUGCUGCACCUCUGCAUCCACGCCACCGGCGUGCACCUCUUCAUCAUGUCGGAGGUGCGGUCCAGGAGCACCUUCCUCAAGGUGGGGCAGUCCAUCAUGCACGGGAAGGACCUGGAGGUGGAGAAGGCCCUGAAGGAGCGCAUGAUCCACUCGGUCAUGCCCAGGAUCAUCGCGGACGACCUGAUGAAGCAGGGGGACGAGGACAGCGAGAACUCCUCCUCCGCCAAGCGCCACUCCGCCUCCAGCCCCAAGAGCAGGAAGAAGAAGCCGUCCAUCCAGAAGACCCCCAUCAUCUUUCGCCCCUUCAAGAUGCAGCAGAUAGAACAAGUCAGUAUCCUCUUCGCCGACAUCGUAGGCUUUACCAAAAUGAGUGCCAACAAAUCUGCACACGCCCUGGUGGGGCUUUUGAACGACCUCUUUGGCCGCUUUGACCGCCUCUGCGAGGACACCAAGUGCGAGAAGAUAAGCACCUUGGGGGACUGCUACUACUGCGUGGCGGGGUGCCCUGAGCCCCGAGCGGAUCACGCUUACUGCUGCAUCGAGAUGGGCCUGGGCAUGAUCAAAGCCAUUGAGCAGUUUUGCCAGGAGAAGAAGGAAAUGGUGAAUAUGAGGGUUGGCGUGCACACCGGGACGGUCCUUUGUGGCAUUCUGGGAAUGAGAAGAUUUAAGUUUGACGUCUGGUCCAAUGACGUCAACUUAGCCAACCUCAUGGAACAACUGGGCGUCGCUGGGAAGGUCCAUAUUUCAGAGGCUACUGCGAAAUACUUGGACGAUCGCUACGAAAUGGAGGAUGGGAAGGUGAUGGAGCGUGUGGGGCAGAGCGUGGUAGCAGACCAGCUGAAAGGUUUGAAAACAUACUUGAUCUCUGGCUUGAAAAAGAAGGAGACCCAUUGCAGCUGCUCGGAGACCCUUCUACUCCCAGGUCUAGAAGCAGGAGAUGGAAGCAAGUUACAGGGAGCUUUGUCGGAGAACAUGGAUGAUUUAGCAAAAACAUUCAAGUACUUAGAAAAAAAUAAGAUCUGCCAUUCGUGCAGUGUUACUUUUUCCCCUGGCUAUGCUGUGAGUGCAGAGGAAGGAGCAAUUCAAAACGGGUGCCAGGAGGACCAUAAGACCAGCACAAAGAGUCCUGGGGGAGGCAGCCCAAAGUCUCGGAAUGGACUUCUAAGUCCCCCGCAGGAGGAGAAACUGAGCAACAGCCAAACGUCUCUCUAUGAAAUGCUGCAAGAGAAGGGAAGAUGGGUUGGAGCAAGCUUGGAUCAUUCAGCUCUUCUGCCAUUGCGGUUCAAAAAUAUCAGAGAAAAAACAGACGCUCACUUUGUGGAUGUCAUUAAAGAAGACAGCUUGAUGAAAGACUAUUUUUUUAAGCCACCCAUUAACAAGUUGAGCCUGAACUUCCUUGAACACGACUUGGAGAUGGCCUACCGGAGCAGCUACCAAGAAGAGGUGAUUAGAAGAGCUCCCGUGAAGACCUUCGCCAGCGCUACCUUCAGUUCCCUCCUGGACGUGAGCCUCUCCGCCACGGUCUUCCUCAUCCUCUCCGUCGCUUGCUUCCUGAAACACGGGCUGGUGGCCUCUCCUCCCCCUCCUGCAGCUGUGGCUGUGGCUGUAACGGCUGUCCUGCUGGAGGUGGUCUCUCUCACUGUCUCUAUCAGGAUGGCUUUCUUUCUGGAGGACAUGAUGGUCUGCACCAAGCGACUCUUGGAAGUGAUCGCUGGGUGGCUGCCCCGGCACUUCAUCGGAGCUGUCCUGAUCUCCCUGCCGGCUCUCGCCGUCUUCUCACACUUCACCUCUGAGUUUGGAACCGACCUCUAUUCCACCAUGUUUAUGUGUUCUGCAGUUCUCAUCACAAUAGUCCAGUACUGUAACUUUUGCCAGCUCAGCUCCUGGAUGAGAUCCUCUUUGGCUACCCUUGUUGGAGGGGUCCUCCUCCUCCUCCUCCUGUACGUGUCCUGGUGCCCUGACAGCGACUUGGAGGAUUCAAACCUUCUUCCAUCGAGGAACCUGAGCUUCAUAGAGAAUGCCUGCAACAGGUCUGCGUCGGAGGACUUCCGUAGGCCGGCAGAUCUGAUUGGCCUGGAAGUAGUUUUGGGCCUCUUCCUUCUCCUAGUCUUAGUUUGGUUCUUAAAUCGGGAGUUUGAGGUGAGUUACCGCCUCCAUUAUCACGGAGAUGUGGAAGCUGAUCUUCACCGUACCAAGAUUCAGAGCAUGAGGGACCAGGCGGACUGGCUCCUGCGGAACAUCAUUCCCUACCAUGUGGCCGAGCAGCUGAAAGUGUCCCAAAGCUAUUCCAAAAACCACGACAGCGGGGGGGUGAUUUUUGCCAGCAUUGUGAACUUCAGUGAGUUCUAUGAGGAGAAUUACGAAGGAGGCAAGGAAUGUUACCGUGUCCUGAAUGAACUGAUCGGAGACUUUGAUGAGCUGCUGAGCAAGCCUGAAUACAGCAACAUUGAGAAAAUCAAAACCAUCGGGGCCACCUACAUGGCUGCCUCCGGGCUGAACGCUUCCCAGUGCCAGGACAGCAGUAACCCUCACGCCCAUCUGCAGACGCUCUUUGAAUUUGCCAAAGAAAUGAUGCGUGUGGUGGAUGACUUUAACAACAACAUGCUGUGGUUCAAUUUUAAGCUGAGGAUCGGCUUUAACCACGGGCCCCUGACAGCUGGGGUCAUUGGCACCACCAAGCUCUUGUAUGACAUCUGGGGGGACACUGUGAACAUAGCAAGCAGGAUGGACACCACGGGAGUCGAGUGCCGGAUCCAGGUGAGUGAGGAGAGUUACCGCAUUCUUCACAAAAUGGGCUACGACUUUGAUUAUCGUGGGACAGUCAACGUGAAGGGCAAAGGCCAGAUGAAGACUUUUCUCUAUCCCAAAUGCAUGGACAGUGGGGUGGUGCCCCACCAUCAGUUGUCUAUCUCUCCGGACAUUCGGGUUCAAGUGGAUGGCAGCAUUGGGCGGUCUCCAACCGAUGAGAUCACCAACCUGGUGCCUUCUGUACAGAACUUGGACAAGGUGCCCCCUGACACAGAGCUCAAAGAUUUGCUUCCCCGCUUCAAGAAGUUUCCCAAAGAAUUGGUUAAAUUAGACAGUCGCCCUCAGUUUGAUGCAGCUGGUGAGAAGGGUGGCUGUGAGGAGGCUGGGCCGGGGGAGGCCAACGAACUGACCAAACUGAACAGCUCCUGGAGUGUGUGAUGCCCGUCGAUUCUUCUUAGCGAGAAAUCUGAGCUCCCUGCAACCGGCCUUUUCUCUUGCACGGAGGGCAGACAGGAGGUGGCUCAGUUGUUACCUGUUUCUUUGGGCUCCUGAAUUGGAGAGGAUCGUAGCCAUGCCGGGCUCUGGCCCCUCCUUUUCACUCCCCUUACAAUGUUUAUUUUUUUCCUGAGAGGAGACAUCAAGUGCCUUCAGACAGACUCUGCCGGGCUCCUCUCUGGACUGAGGAGGAGCGGUGUAGAUUGGGGAUUGGAACACAUUUAAAGGACAAGCUGUGGUUACUUCAUUUUUGUUUCUCAUCAACAGCUUCCUUUGCACCUCCAAGCAGAGUGAAUAAAUAGGUGUGUGAGUGUGUACAGCACUCACGUUUUAUAUGUAAACACGGACAAUUGCAUGUUUGGCUACCUUCUGUGAUUGACACUAAGAACUGCUCAAAGGAGAUGCUGAGGGCCAGAAGGAAUGGUCAUCUUGGAACAGGGAAAGAAGCAGCUGAGCUGCUGUUUGCCAAAAUCAGAUUAAAGUGCCAUUGUGCUUUCUGGAACACUGGACUUGCCGUUUCCCGGCAGAUCAGAAGGGCGCGGGGAGUGUGCAGCCUGUCUUUGCCCAGCCAGUCGGAGGUGCUGGUGGUUCCUCAUUUUACCUUUGCCAAUAUAAGGGGCAAUUAACCAGGCCCUGCGCCUGCCCCGUUUUAUUUUCUGCUUUCAGGGCCCUGCUGGCAUAAUCCCACGUCAGCUUCCUUGUCUACACGCAGGAGCCAGCCUGUCCCUCAGCAGGAUUGGCCCCAAGGAGGUUUGGAACACCUCCAGUGGGAUCCAGGUUAACUGGUGCAGUAUUUGAGUCACGGCUCUUUGUGCGUCACAAGAUGUCAAAACAAGUGGGCGUAAGAUAAGCCCUCAUCCAUGCAGCCUUUUGCUGGGGAAAUGAUACACUCUCUUUAUUUGGUACAAUAUUUUGAUUCCAGUAUACUCUAGUGAAAUAUUGGUCUACCUAAAGAAAAGAAAUCCAAUCAAAUCUUUAAUAUUAAUAUGCAAAAAUGAAUAGGGACUUGCCUACUUUUUUCCCAAGCUCAGAUAAGCUGAAAAUCAAGAUGCUUUUAGGGUUAGACAAACCUGGACUACUUUAAAAGUAUGAAGUUGUGAUGUAUCAUAGAACUCUCUUUGGCACUUCUUCACCACCAGAAUUGAGGAAGCCUGAAGAUGACACCGUUCCCUCUUUUUGUUGAUCCGUGACUCCAUUAAAACUAGAGUAGGCUUUUUUCCUGCCAAUUAUUGAACACACCCCAAGGAGCUUUUCUGUACCUUGUUCUUUCUUUGAAUCUGCCAUCACGGCUGUGCCAAACAGCACUCCAGUGCGCAAGCCCUUUUUCCAGCAGGGGCAGAAGGCGCAGCAGUGUAGGCUGCCCUCCACACUUUUCAGGGAGGAAAAGAGGGCUGUGCGCUUCGCAAAGCGCAAUUACAAAGGCAGCCUUUUUUUUCUGCCUAGCAAAUACUGUGGUUACAGUCCUAAACGCCAGGAUUGGGAAUUACCAACAAUGUACGUGAUACGUUGUAGGAGGAGUAGGCUGCACUCAUUUGGAUGCAUCUUCUUGCCUCCCCUUCAAUCGAGCUUCCAGAAAAAUCAGUGUCAAUUUAUAUUCCCUAUAAAUGAAUAAUCUGAAAUUA